UGUUCCCCAUCAGUUUGGUAGAGGGAUUCAUCAAAAGUAAGAGUAUUAUCACUUCAGCUCGCUAGUUCAUUCAAGCCUUUCGAAGUGUUUGGUAGUGUGUCGUGAGCAUUGUUCAGCAUUGGAGGUCUUGGCGGAACCGUGCUAUAGUUUUGCAGUGGAUUCUGCACAUCCGAAGGCUCAAGUGGAGUGAAGUGUUGAUACUCAAGUAGAAUAUAAGUUUCAAAAAGGUAGUUAGUUAAAAUGAAUCGUUUCGUUACCGUUUGCCUUUUGCUGUCGGCUAGUGCAUACUCACAACAGUUCAAAUGCCCUCCCAAGAAUGGACAGUACGAGGAUCCCGUCCAGUGUGACAAAUUCUACGAAUGUUACGAUGGACGUGCCACUGAAAGGUUGUGCCCAGAUGGUUUGGUGUUCGAUCCCACGAUCAGGAAAAUCAACAAAUGUGAUCAGCCAUUCAAUGUUGACUGCGGAGACCGAGUAGAACUGCAACAACCAAAGGGUAAUACUCUGUGCCCACGUAAGAACGGAUUCUUUGCCCAUCCGGAUGCAGCUGUUUGUAACGUAUUCUACAACUGUAUUGAGGGAGAAGCAAAUGAAAUACCCUGCACCGCCGGUUUGCACUUCGAUGAAUACAGCGGUACCUGCGUGUGGCCGCAUGAUGCGGGUCGCCAAGGAUGCAACCCAGGAGUUAACAAACAACUCAAGGAUGGAUUCACCUGCCCGAAGGAACAGAAGACUGAUGCAGCAGGUCAAUCUGUUGCGCAUCCCAAAUUCGCUCACCCGACCGAUUGCCAGCGGUUCUAUGUUUGCCUGAACGGUUUGGAACCACGUGAUUUGGGAUGCCAAGUGGGAGAGGUCUACAACGAGGAAACUGAACGGUGCGAUGCACCAGAAAACGUUCCUGGAUGCGAGGACUGGUAUAAAGAUAAUGAUGAGAAGAAACACUAGACUGCUGAGUAGUUUGUAGUAGGUCAUUGGAAAUUAUCAUUUUUGAUCAUUCAUAAUACUACAUCAAUUGGAAAUAGUUAAGAUAAUAAACAAUCAUUUUUUACGUAAAACAUUA